GAAUCACUAGCUUGGAGGAGGGAGGGGUCAGGACCCUAUCUCCAUUUGGCCGCUUGUAAUUUAUUUUUUUGUUGACAAAGCAUGACAGACAUGAAUUUGUAACCAUCUAUGUGUUUCUGUCUAACCACCACUUUCCUUCCAAGACUUGUUUAACGUGAUCUUAUAAUUCAUUAACAAGCAUACAGCUAUCUAUCUAUGUAAAGAAGCUGCGCUUCCUCAUCCUCUCAAAACUAAAGUAAUCAAACCUCAAGUUUUCUGAAGUACUAUCCAGAAAGAUGAAGUUACUAGGUUGGAUGCAUCGUAAGUUCCGCCAAAACAACGGCGAUCCGCUAAAGGAUUUGGCCAUUGGGCAGCCGUCGCUCGACGAUCCUCAAUGCCACCAGAAGCCAAACUAUGGCAACAAAAUCUUCAAACAACCCCCAAAAGAUCACUACCUUCGGAGAUCUUUCACUGGUCAAGAGGAAGCAAGAGUAGAAGAAGAAGAAUUAGAAUACGAAGAAGAAUCAUCUGCAGCAAUAUCUGAGCUCUUCCAUGGCUUUCUUGCAAUUGGUACCCUUGGUACAGACCAAGUCAUGAAUGAACUGUCCACGCCAAAAUUUUCAAUCUCUAUUGAGAAUAUAACUGAAAACGAAACAGAAGUGACAGAGAACGAUCUGAAGCUCAUCAACGAUGAGUUGGAAAAGGUGUUGGGAGCUGAAGUUAAGGACGAUGGCUGCAAUUAUUCAUCUGGGAGAACCAGCCAUGUCAGCGCUGGAAGAAGUAGUCAUGGUAGCAGCAUAACACUUGGUGGCAAGCAAAUGGAAGGCCCAGAGACAAAUGGGAAUGGAACUACAGUCUGCCCACUCCAAGGAUAUCUGUUUGGGUCAGCAAUUGAAUGGUCAGAAACAGCAGCAGCAACAACCACGGUGGCAAAGAAGGAACAUAGAACAUCUCUUGGUGAGCUGUUUCAGAUGAGUAAAACAGCGGAGGAGAAUCCUGGAACAAAGUUCGACAGGGAGGAUAGGCGAACAGAAAAGGAAGCAGUUAAAUCUGCCAUGCACCUAAUGAAAAAACUGCUGAAGAAAAAAAUGCUUCAUGCUUCUUCUCGGAGCUCUACAGCAGCUACUGGUGGGCCUCUUGAUUCUGCUUCAGCUGAGAAAAAACUGCAUAAGAUCCUCCAAAUGUUCCAAAGGAAAGUUCACCCUGAAAACUCAACAGCAAUCCAAAAGCGUACUAAGAUCCAAAAGACUGAGACCAAGAAGAAAGUAAUGCGCAAGUACGGGGACCGCGACAGUACUACUGGAGAUCAGGUGCACGCAAAAGAAGAAAUAAUGUUGUAUCCUAAAACAUCCCUUUCAAAGAACAGCAUACGGCGCUACAAGAGCCAAUCUAACCUGCCGCAGUUCACAAUACUCAACAGCUGCAGUGAUUCAAAUGGGAACAGGGAGCACUGGAUCAAAACGGAUGCAGAUUACCUGGUGCUGGAGCUCUAAAAGGCAGAAGCAGCAUUUGAGUUGGCAAUGACAUGAUGAUCGUCUGUUGUAAGAUUCUACAGCUUGUUGGUGAUAAUAUUGAUGGCUGCUAAUAGCAUAUAUACAAGUUAUUAUGUUAUAAUUAAUGAGCUUGAGUUGAACAAAUAAAUUAGAGCCGCUAGCAGCUCCUCUUACAAACCUGUCUGUGAGUGGUGAUUGUUAAAUAUUGUAAGGAACAUCUGUUUUUUGCAAGAAAUAUGUAAUUCAGGCAUUACAUAUGGAAAUAUCUGCCUAAUGCAGACUAGCUUAUAUAUUUGAUCAUUAUAGCCCAUCUUAAAUUAUUUUAUCCACCAGCUUGUAACUCUAAUUUGAUGCUCGUUAAAUUAAAUUUUGGGUAUUUCAAUAUA